AUCACUGGAGCCGUCGGAUAAGAUCCUUUUAUCGGGCGGAAGCUGUUGGAUUUGGUGCCCAAAAUCAGUGGCACCGAAGGAUUUCAGCAAUGAUGUCUGUGACAGAGAGAUCACUGUUACAGCAGGCUACCUGAUUUAGGGGGAAAAAAAGAAAAGAGAAUCACAGCCACAGGUCCAACAGAUCUCAAAUGAUCGUCAAUUAAAAAGCUGUGACCGAGAGACAGGGUGAUAAAUCUACCAGAUCACCGGGAUCGGUCUGCAGGGUAGAACUCGUGUUUCAAAAGGUUGACAUGCAGCAAAAGUUGUGCACACGCAACACAACCUUGUUCGUGGAAAACGGCCAGGCUUGUGGCGCAGGCGCUCCAUCUCCACCCCCAUACCGAUGCCCCCAGUGUGGAGAGCACGAACGCUUUCAUAGCCUGGCAGCAUUACGGGCCCACCUUGACUACAACCACAUAUACGAUCCAAGGCACAACCUCAGCCUCCCUGCCAGCAGGGGGUACUUAUGCUCUAACAGCAAAAGAGCCACUGCUGAGACCCAGACAACAAAGGACGCACACUGACACGCUUCGCACAAGUUCCCAUUCAGCUCAGAUCCCCUUCCACAUAAGCAGACUGCAGACACAUGCCCAGAACAGCCUGCUUCCCCGGAGAAGAGUGGCACUAACCGGGAGUCAUCCAUUGGCACAAAGCUCCUCUCUGCGCCUGUGCCCUCUGUGGGGCAGAGGCUGGAGGGCAUGAUUAGGACGGCGAGUAGCAGCAUGGAGCGACGGCUGCUCCGGCUUAGCUCAGAACUGGCCCACACUGACACAGCACUUCUCUGUGAGCGCGCACACUCGCACCACCUGGCCCAGGCCCGGCAGGAAGUUCUGGAAAGGGAGCAAGCUCUCAGCAGACAGGUGAACGCCGCCGUUAUGGUUAUCGCCACGCUGCGCCAGCAACUCAGCAUGUCCGAGCAUGAGCUGGAACAGAGGGAACAGGAAGUGGUUGCUAUUCAGAAAUUUCUGGAAGCAGCAGCGCAGCAUGAGAUGUGCGGGAAAGUCCGUUUGCGGCGGUUCAUCGAGGGCCUCCUGCGACGCAUUGCUCUGGCUGAAAGGCUGCUGGAGUAUUACCAGAACACUCCCCAUGAGCACUACUGCACAGCCCACACAGUGGCUCCUAUAGCUGAGACAGGCCCCCAAAGAAUAACCAAAAGCAGGUCUAAAGGAGAGCAACUGGUCAAUGAGGAGGAACUGUCACAUGGGCAUCACGCUGGCUGGGGAGCAUCCCGGGCCUCUGGGGAGAGACGGGGCCAUCAUGUCUGGGUCCAGGGCAGGAGGUCAGAGAGUUAUGAAGUUUAGGUGCCUGGCCUGAGCCAUUCCAUGAGCGUACUGUAUAUGCUGAAAAUGUAGUGUAUCGAAAUUUAAUUUUGAGCAAAUAAAUGCAUAGACAAAAGCAGCAUUAAAAAUGCAUAACAUUCCUGGGAAAAAAAUUUGACCUGGAUCUCAUACUGAGAGAUCCUUUUCGGAUCUUUUUGUAGCACUUAAUCUUCUCAGCUUGUAAUAUUGUUUCGGUCAGAGUCCUGUAGGACUCCACUGUGUCUAACGGUGGCAUGUUGCUGUUCUGGUGAGCAGAAUACCCUCUGUGGAAUGCCUUCACCACUUCUGUAGUGCUGUGAAGGCGCUAGCAUACCUUUGACAUUGUGGACUCAUGGUGAGAUUGCCCUUUAAAUCUAAUAUAUAUGGCUACCUAGGUUAAUUGUUUGCAUUCUGAAGAAUCCUGUAUUGUGGGUAUUAAAUGUUUGAUCAUAUUAUUCAUUAUUCAGAUCGAUGCAGUUUUGCAGUAGUGCCUUGCAUAAGUAUUCCCCUGCACCUGAGAUUAUAUGUCAUGAAUCUACACUAAAUAACUCAUAAUAUUGAAUCAGGGAUCUAUAUUUUGCAAAAUUAUUUACUAUUUGACUUCCACUGUGGGCUAGGAAAGACAUUUGACUUGUUCCUGGAAAAUCCCAGAGGGAAUAAUAGCUAAAUAAACAGCACUAUGAAUCAA